ACACACACACACACACACACACACACACACACACACACACACAGCUCUGUUUGCUUUGGAGGAUGAGCCCAGGAGGCCCUGCCAGGAGAAGAGUACACCUUCCAGGGACCUGUUGACUCUUCCCGCCCCUUCUCUCUCUCUCUCUCUCUCUCCUCCUCCUCCCCUUCUGCCUUCCCAAAAGUGCCCUCUUCCCUCUGGCUGCUCAGCCCAGCCUACCUGCUCCAGUCAGGACUCGCAGAGCUGAGUGGGAGACACACUGAGGAGCCCUGAGACCUGGUAUACCCUACCCUUUCACCUACCCCGGACCUGGCACUGACAGAGACUGAGAGAGACCGAUAGACUGAGAGUCCCAGAGACCUUUCACUGACUUUCACCAGAAUGUCUAAAGCUUCGAGGCUGGCUCGGCCCUCCUCGGUCGGUGCAGGAUCCAAGCUGCCAUCCUCCCGUAAGGAGGCUCCGGGAGGGGCCCGAGCCAGGGUGGUGAGUGUGGGGGAGAAGCUGAUGAGGGCUGGCAGCGACGGGACCCUGACCAAGCAGAGGGCCCUGGCUGCACAGCAGCAGACAGACAAACAGCAGAGCCAGAUGCAAUCUCAGACCCAGAGCCAAAGCCACCUAAGCCAGGCACAGACUGGGGACACGGGGGCCCAACCCAAGAGUAGAAUCAGCCCGCCUAAAGCCUCGGCCCUCCCACAGGGCUCUAUGCACAAGCAAACCAAAAGCAACCUAAAGGUGACCUCCCCUGAGGACUCUGAGCAGCUGAGCAGCAGGCAGGGUCCCCCGAAUGGGACCCCCACCCGGGCCCAGGACCCCAAAGGCAACGGCAGCCGCACCGUCCCCCGCAGGCACACGUUAGGGGGGGCGCGCAGCUCACAAGAGAUCCUGGCCAUGCAGCCCUCAGACAUGGACAAAAAGAGGGAAGCCUUCCUGGAGCACCUGAAGCAGAAGUACCCUCACCACGCCUCGGCCAUCAUGGGCCACCAGGAGAGGCUCCGGGAACAGUGCAGAAGCCCUGCGCACGGCCCCAGCAGCUCCAUUGUAGGGGAGCAGCCUGAGCACCUCUCCCUGGCCUCUCUGGAGUCUCUGGACACCAUGUCAGAGGCUGAUGCCCCCUCUGCCUUCACCAGAGGCAGCCGCUCCCGUGCCAGCCUGCCCGUAGUGCGUUCCACCAACCAGACCAGGGACCGCUCGCUAGGCGUGUUGUACCUGCAGUACGGAGACGAGACUAAGCAGAUCCGGAUGCCCAAUGAGAUCACCAGCGGAGACACCAUCAGGGCUCUGUUUGUGAGUGCCUUUCCCCAGCAGCUCACCAUGAAGAUGCUGGAGUCUCCCAGUGUGGCUGUCUAUGUCAAAGACGACAUGAGGAACAUGUACUACGAGCUCACCGACGUCAGGAAUAUCACGGAUCACUCCUGCCUGAAGGUGUACCACAAGGACCCAGCACAGGCCUUCAGUCACGGCCCCAGACCAACCAACGUUGACACCAGGAUGCACAGAGAGAUGAUGUAUGCCAGCAGAGAUGGGCAGCACCCCCCCAGACACCCACCUAUGGGCCACCCUCCACACCAUCCCAUGCAGAGCUCCCUGUCCCCAACCACGGCCCACUCCGUGCCCCCCUCACCCUCCCGGAUCCCCUUCGGCCCGCGCCCGGGGUCCAUGCCCUGCAGCGCCACUAUGCCCCGGGAGCGCAUAUCUAACGCCACACCUCCCGUGCGCUCCGUGUCACCCUGCCCCAGCGCCAUCCUGGAGAGGCGGGACGUCAAACCUGAUGAGGACAUGGGCGGUAAGAGUCACAGCCUGGUGAGAGGUGGAGAGGGGCUUUACGCUGACCCGUACCUUCUCCACGAGGGGAGGAUGGGCCACGGCCCUGCCCAUGGAGGGCACCCUCCUCCUGGGGACAUGGUGGACCACGGCAGCCUGGCUGGCUACCAUCGCGCCUCCAUCCGCUCCACAGGCUCCUACAGCGGGCCCAGCCCCACCGAGGCCAUGGAGCAACCCUCACUCUACCGCCAGAAGUCCAGGAAGUACGGAGACAGCCAGCUGCCCACGCUGGGCUCCAAGACCCCGCCCCCCUUCCCCCACAGGAUGGCAGAAGUGAGGAUGAUUGACAUCCAUGGGGCCACGCCUCCUCAUGGCAGCAUUCCCCUGGAGCGCUCCUCGCCUGUUCGCCAGGCCUUCAGGAAGGAGGAAGUGGUCAAAAGCAGGAGUAACAUGGCAUCUCCAGUUGUGCUGGACCUCCAGGGUCACGGCCCUAUCCCUCCAGCCAACGACCCACAGACACGAAAGCGAAUGAAGGCUAUGGAGCAACAGAUUGCCAGCUUGACUGGUCUUGUUCAGCAUGCACUUUUAAAGUCCCCAAACACUAGUGGCACCAACGAUUCUCUCAGUGAACGACCCAUGAAGACAUCAAGGCAAGCGUCUCCGGUUCAUAGUGCACCCAGUGCAGGUCAGGAGGACCAUUAUUACCCUUCUGCAUGUAUCACAUUAUCGGGAGGUUCCCCUGUCCUGGCACCCAAAAUUGCCACGCCCCCCUCUGAGAGUGGCUCCACCCCCAUACUUCCAGGCCCCACCCCCUUCCAGACCAACUUGCUCCAGUGCAAGAAGAACGUCUCGGACCUUCGGCUGCAGCUUCAUCAGAUGAGACAGCUGCAGCUCCAGAACCAGGAGGCUCUGCGUGUGCAGCUGAAGCGGGCUGAGCAGGAGAUCAGUUUGAAACUGGCGGAGGCCAUGAGAUGUCUGGAGGACCCGGUCCAAAGACAGAGAGUCCUGGUGGAGGAGGACAGACACAAGUACCUAGGCUUGGAGGAGAGGGUGUUCAACCAACUAGGGGAGCUGGAGCUGUAUGUGGACACUCUGAAGAGGGAGACCGGCCCGGCGGGGCCUCACAGAGCUGUGACACUGAAACAUGUGGAGGAGGGGGCCGUUAGCCUCAGGAGAGUGGGAGAAUCUCUGGCAGGACUCAAAGGGGAGUUUCCGGCUCUGCAGACCAGGAUGCGUGCGGUGCUGAGGGUGGAGGUGGAGGCUGUGAAGUUCCUCAAGGAGGAGCCGCACAAACUGGACAGCAUGCUGAAGCGAGUCAAGAGCCUCACAGAGACACUCAGUAGCCUGAGGAGAUGUGCUACAGAGGGUCUGCUGAAGGGAUCUGACCCUGCUAUGUGUGCCUCAGUGAAACCAACCCCAUCAGAGAGCAGCCCAGUCACCACCACCACCACCAGCUCCUCCAUCAGGUCUGAGGUGGUCAUGCCCUCCUCCCCCAUGGUCAUCCACCACGUCCAGAGUGCUCCGGUCCACAUGCAGCAGUCCCAGCAGUCUGCAGCCCUGCUGGUCCAGCCCAGCCCACCCACGACCCCCACCCACAGCCAGGGCCGGGACUCCCCCAGCUCAGCCAAGGGUUCCACUGGCACCGCCUCGGCCUCAAACUCCAACCCCUCCAGCCAAGGGGGUAGCCCUGCCCAGCAGAAGAAAACCCCUGCUGCCCACCUAGAGCUGGCGACCCAGGCUCCGGUCAAUAACGGAAGCAGCGGGACAGGGAACCUCUUAAUCGAGGAGAUUCACACCAAGAGCAAAAACAGGGCCAUGUCUAUAGAGGUGGCAGAGAAGGAGUGGGAGGAACGGAGGCAGAACCUGGGCCAGUACAAUGGGAGGGAGUUUGAGAGGAUCCUAAAUGAGGCCCAGGCCAACAUGAUGAAGGGCAUUCCCAGUCUGGAUGUGCCGAGUGAGGGGGAUGCCUCUACAGCACCCUCUGCUGCCCUGGAGGAGCCAACCGCAGAAGGGACUCAGCUCAGCUCAGAGAAACCAGCCAUAGCCAAGCCUGCUGGUCCUGAGAAACUCCCCAAGUCGGUGCUAGAGAAACCCACCACCACCAAGCCUACCGCUGCUGCAGACAAAGUGGGCAAAGUCAGCUUGGAGAAGGCCAUCAAGUCCCCUCCCCCUCCACCACCCAGAAAGACCUUCCCCACCUCCAGCUCUGGAAUGACCACCACACGGUCUGGUGAGGUGGUUUACACCAGCAGGAAGGAGUCUGCCUCGGGACAGGAGGAAGAUGAGGCUGAGGUCCCACCACAAGCCCCAGCUAGCCAGUCCAAACCCACCAAGGUCCCGCCGGAGACCAAGCCCAAGCCCUCCACCCCUCCCCCCAUUGCUGCCUCAGCCAACCACGAGGAGGAGGAGGACGAGGGAGACAAAAUUAUGGCAGAGCUCCAGGUGUUCCAGAAGUGCACAGUUAAGGGUGUAGGGGUGAAAAGUAGUGUGCUAGAGACACACCCUACUCGAGUUGAGCCCCAGAUCAGAGAGCUAAGACCUGGGGCCUUAUUGCCCCUCAAAGAGAAAAAGAGCUCGGAGAAAACUCGGGAGGAUAAACAUCCCAACGCGGAUGAAAACGGGAACACCACCCCUCUUCGUCAAAGUCCAGGGGUCAUAUACUACGUCACUGGGCAGAUCUCCAAAGAGCAGCUGCCACCCCCGGCCGCCAUGGAGGAGGCUCCGGAACACAGAGGCAACCCUACACUAUCCCCCUCACAGGUGUUAAAUGUGAAUGCUAAUGACAAUUCCCCAAGCCAGCAGCCUCAACCGAAACCCCAGCAGUUAGGGCCACCUGUAUCUCCCAAGCCUCUGUUCUUGAAUGGCCCCAGCCCUCUGUCUCAGAAACAGGUGGUGACCUCAGAGUCAUUGAAGACCAGCCCAGGAGUGGUGAAAGGGGUUCUGGAAAACCCAGCGACCACCACUGUACAUAAGCUUCAGAUAAGCACAGUCAAGAGGAUAGAGACCUCAGUCUCCUCAAUCGUCCAUGAGUCCAGCAUUCCCCGCAGUAAGAGUGUUGUGUUGCCCGCUGCAUUGCCUGAAGUCCCUCCACCAACCACCAUAAGAGAGGCUCCUAAAGCAGUGGUGUCUCCCCCAGAGAAGGCUCUUAGUGAGGCCACUGAUCAGCCCAGACACUGGUAUGAGGAGGUGGAUGAGGAGGCCAGCCUGAGCCCUGACCUCCCUGGUGAGGAAGCCCCUCCGCCCCCAGACAACAUUGCCUUCAUGAUCACCAACAGCAAGGUCCAGGCCCUGUCCUGUGGGGAGUACCAGGAGCUGGUCAACGCCAAACAGGGCAUCCAGACCGUGACCGUGUGUGGGGGACCUGGGAAACGGGAGAUGACCAACACCACCCCGGGCGGCUCGGCGGGGUCACAAGACAAUGGCUUCAACAACAAGAAGCCGGUCAUCAUCAUCUUCGACCAGCCCAUGGACAUCCGAUCGGCCUACAAGCGCCUGUCCACGGUGUUCGAGUGCGAGGAGGAGCUGGAGAGCAUGCUGGCCGCAGAGCGCAUCGAGGAGGAGGACGAGGAGACGGAGGAGACAGAGAGGAGCAGUGGUGGACUGCAGGUUAAGGUCAAGGCCCCCAGCAGUGCUCUUAGCUCUUCCAGUAGUAGCUUGUCACGCUCUUCCUCCUCGACUUCGGAGCUCGCCGAGCUGUCCGGUGAUGGCAAGCCAGAUGGGAAGAAGAAGUUUACGUUCAAGUUUCCCAAGAAGCAGCUGGCCGCUCUGUCGCAGGCCAUCCGCACGGGCACCAAGACGGGCAAGAAGACGCUGCAGGUGGUGGUGUACGAGGACGAGGAGGAGUCGGACGGCACGGUCCGACAGCACAAGGAGGCCAAGAGGUUUGAGAUCCAAAGUCGCUCCAAACCAUCUGCUGCCCCAGCAAACAAGACGCCCAAGGCCCCAGCUGCAGCCGUUGUAAGGAGGGAGCACUCGGACUCCAAAGGCAGGACGGACAAGAUCCGGAAGAGCACCUACAAGACCCUGGACAGCCUGGAGCAGACCAUCAAACAGCUAGAGACGACCAUCAGUGAGAUGGGCCCCGCAACGCACCACCAGGAGGAACCAGUGAGGAGUGCAGCCAGCGUGGAGCCCCAUGCUGGGUGUGUCUUGAGUGGGGAGAAUGGAGGCCUGAAGAGGUCCUUAUCACUCCCUUCCAAGAGUUCACUCCUCAAGGUCCCCAAGCCCAGCAAGGCCUCCUCUCAGAGGAAGAAGACCAAACCUCAGCUCCUCCCCCGGCCAGCCGUCAUCCCCACCGCCACUGUCACCCCCGUCACCAGCCAACAGAACGCAACCAGUGUCGCUUCCCCUACUAGUCGGAUGCCAGUGCCCCUGUCUGCGAAGUCCAGGCAGUCGCCAGGGACUACUACUGACAAAGCAGGAAAACAGCAAAAGCUACAGGACAGCACUCAGAGGCAGUUUCGACAGGCUAACGGAAGCGCUAAAAGAGCGGGGGGGGAUCAUAAAACUACUUCCUCUAAAAUCCCAGCUUUUUACCCUAGCUCUGGUAAAGGCAGCACCUCCCAGUCUGCUCCAAACUCAGAUGCUACUAACCCUCUUACCCUUUCCUCCUCCUCUUCCUCUCCCCACACCACCAAGUCCUCCAUCCCAUCCCCUCACGCCCCCCGCCACCCUGGCUCGGCCCUCUCCACCUUCUCCCACAUCCCCUCCCUCUCUAACGGUUCCUCCCUCAAACUCCCCACACCCUCUCACACAGGUAAAGCUCUUUCGUUCUCCUCGCAGACUCAAAACGGUCGAGCACCCUCCUCUUCCUCCUCCUCCUCCUCCUCCCCCUCCCCUCUGUCGCCCACCCCGUUGGGCCCGGGUGUGAAGAGCAUCCGCACCAUACACACCCCCAGCUUCACCAGCUACAGGCCCCAGAACGGCAGCACCGGCAAAUCCUGCAUCCCAACCGCCACAGCAGCCAAGGACUCCACUUAGCUCCCAUACAGUAGCCCCGUUUGGGUUACUUCUCAAUCUCGUUAUUCAUGUUUUUGUUGUUGUUUAUUGGUUUGUACUUUAUUGUUAAAGCGUAAUUGAUGCACUCCCCCCCCACCAUUCAUAUUUCAAUGUGAUUUGACACACGCAUACUCACACCGAUGCUUUGACUUCGUUUUAAGUUGCAUUUCCCCCAUUGGCUAAACUUGAACCCUGAUUUUAAAAAGGCGUAUUAGAGUACUGAGUAAAUAGUUUUAAAAAGGAAAAACAAAAGUGAUAUAGUUUUACUGCUUCGUAGGUUAUGUGGAAGCUCUCGCUUGAUUGAAAAUAUAUUUUUCUUACAGUAUCUCAGAAUGGGAAAAAAAUAUAUAUGAAGUUGAUGUACAAUCACUAUGACCAUGUGAAAUAUUGUGUUUUAUUUUUGAAAACCAGAGACUGGAUAACCAUAGUAUAUUUUGCUCUUACAUUAUUUUGUAUGUUGCCCAACAUUCAGCAUAACCCUAGUAAAUGCCUUUUAUGAAUGCAUACUGUACCGUAUGUAUAAAGACGUUUACAGUGAAACUGCAUUGGCUUCUAUUUUGUUAAGAAUAUCAUGCACUGCCAAUUUAUUUUUAGGAGAUAAAAAAAAUGAUUUUAAGGAGGUUUAUGAAAUAUUUGUUUGUCUUUCUGUAGUCAUUGUGCCUAUUUGCCAAAGUUGUUAUGACAUUUCCUGACUGUAUUACUGUAACCAUACCAAGUGACAACUCUACGGCACACCCGCGGUGUGAUGGCUCAAGUCUUUCCCUCCCCACAGCUUUACCGGAGGUCUCUUAAGGUCAUGUUUAUUCAUGUCUAAAUGUAUACCGUACUAAAACACCACAAGUCGUCGGUGAACUGUUCUGCCACGUGUACAUAAACGCUUCUAAUCAGAACUUUAGUCGUUUUGUUGACAUACCAAAGUUGAUUUGUAUGCAUGCCUUUAAGAUGCUUUUAGGAGAGGGAAAGAAGAAUUCAUGUUUGCACAGAUAGAUUUUUGUAAAUAUUUUGGUUUCUCUCUCAUUUUUUUGUAAAGCUUUAAAAAGCAAUGUGGUAAAGAAAGGAAUAAUUGUGUUGUAAUAAAAACAAUAAAAGGUCUGCAUGCUUGUAA